CACAAAGUAUCUCCUGCUUCAAACCCGCUACUAGUGUCGUGUGGUCUUACUACCGCAUCCCGGCACAAUGGAACUGACCUAGGUGUCAAGAACCCAUGGAGCGAUCAUGUUCACAGCAUCCGAACUGUGAAGCUCCGAUGAACAUUGUCAGAUAUUACGAGCCGUUUCUCUUACCCCGGAGUAUAUCUCAGCAUACUUGUUUCGCUGGGCUGUACUUGAAGAAGCCGCCAUUUCUUUCUCUUCGUGCAUCCUGUUAUCUUCUCAUCAACCAUCAUUUUUCGCUCGCUUUUUCUGCUCUCAGAGUCUCUUCUACUCAUCCCUUUCAUUGGCUUGCAUCAUGUCUCGCAAUCAUUAUCAUCCAGCGACUCUUCCGGCAUGGGCCACUGCCUUAAAGGGCUCUUCUUCCUAACCAAUUGGAUGGAACACGUCCUCGUGCGGCAUAUCUAGGCACAGUCGCAGCAUCGAUUCC